AUGAUGUCCGAAGAGACGAUGAUCAGGAAUGUCCCGGACGAAGCACAGCACGAAUAUGAAGAGACGCUCUUGCACAAACUGAUCAACACAGCAGCUGAUGAUGUGUCCGCCUUGAGGGAUCUAGAAGAAAACUUGAAAGAAUGGAAGCCCUUGAUCAACAUUCGCUGCUCGGAUACCAAGGAGACCGCUCUUCUACUCGCCAUUUGGAAGGAGUUGGAAGGCGUGACUGCCAAGCUUCUCCAAGAAGGAGCCGACCCUGAGCUCGAGGAUGACUCCGGGUGGUUGCCUUUGCAAGCAGCCUGUGAUGUUGGCAACGAGACGAUUAUUGAAGCAUUGUUGAGCGCCGGAGCUGAUGCUGCCAAGAGAGGUCACGAUGGACAAUAUCCCCUCGAUGGAGCUGUCAGAUGGCCCCUGAAAUCCCAGUUGAUGAGACAGCUCGUUAAGCCGCAUGAACAGGUCAUCAAUAAGGUCUACAAGGAAUCUGAAUGGCCGCUGCUUAAUAGGGCUGUGUAUCAUGGCACUGAAAGUGCCAUUGACCUCCUGCUAGAAGUCGGUGCGAGCCUCAGCAUGGUGGACUUUAAAAAAUGGACACCUUUGAUGACAGCAAUUCGACGUAACUACCCCAAAACCGUGGCAAAGCUGCUCCGAAACUUGGAUAUUCAAUCAGCUAUCGAUACGCCAGGUUUGGAUGGAAUUACGCCCAUCAUGCUCAUUUGUGGUGGAACUGUGCUCGAUGACGGCGCCGGCAACUCGUUAACGGCUUCGGAUAUCAUUACAGAUCUGUUGAAGCUUGGCCCGGAUAUCAAUGCGAUCGACGUGGAAGAGAACACGGUACUGCAUCACGCGAUGAAUGCUGCAGCACCACGGGACGAGAACCUCAUCAAAUGCCUGAUUCAAUUGAUGAGACCGGAAAGAAUCCUACAAUCCAACAUUCGUGGCGAGACAGCGUUCGACUCUUGCUUCGACAAGGACGAAGACUGUCCAUUUUCUGAGAGCAGAGAUUUGAUACAAUUCCUCAUUGAACUUUUUGCUCGAGAUCAGACACUUCAGCAGGCCGAGGAGCCACUGUGUUGGACUGUGUACCGCUUGGAGAGACACACCACUGCGUUGGCGCUUUUCAGCAAGUUGAAACAGGUCGGGAAGAUACGAGGGAACUUUGAUCCCCACGGAUGCUCAUUGGUUGAAUGGGCAAUUCACGCUCGUCUCCCCCGAGUGCUGCUGACUUAUCUUAGAGCAGUAGGGUUGUACAAAAAGGGCGAUAAGGACAGCCCAGUCGGCGAGGACAGAGAACGGGGUUUGAAUUUGGUUCGAAGGUUAACAGCAGAAACUCAAGCUUCACUGCCAUGGCCGAGUGAGCCCGACCGGCAAAGACGGCAGGCGGAACAGAAAUCAUCUGACCAAAGCAGAGAUGGAGAUCCAGACCUGAAAGAUCUGAAAGACUUGGAGGAUAUCCUGGACUAUCUUUAUCCGGAAAAGGCCGAGAGAAGAGCAAGCCCAUGGGCCCUGUCGGAGCAAACUGAGCCUAUGAAGGCGACCUCCCAGCGCUUCCCCGCCGCUAUCAUUCAAAAUAACUUCUUCAAGUUCCGAAAUGUGCACGAGAUCUUGUACGACUCGGAUCAGAUGGAGAAUGUGCGACAGACCGUUGAGAGACUCCAGAAAUUCGAGUACAACCCCAAUCCGCACAAGCAAGCAUCGCCCCAUGUCUCUGGUGUCAACUUCAGAGUUGGUCCAGAUUUUACGUGGAUACAUCUACCGGCAAGCAAUAUUACAUGGAUGGAGGUGAGAGCCUCUGCCCCAGCCCGGAGUUGA